AUGUCAGGGCUGGCUUCGAAGCGUUUAGUAAAAGAGCUGCGAGAUUUGAAGACAAAAGCCCCUGUUGGAAUAUCAAUCAAGGAUCCAGAAGACUCUCUUACUUGUUGGUAUAUUUCGAUUGAUGGAGCACCAGGAACUCUUUACGAAGGGGAAGUAUUUACUCUGCAGUUCAAGUUUUCCAAAAACUAUCCGCUAGAGUCACCCGAGGUUAUUUUUGUCAAUCAAAUUCCUGUUCAUCCACAUAUAUACUCCAACGGUCACAUUUGUCUGUCGAUUUUAUAUGAUCAAUGGAGCCCUGCAUUAACUGUUGGCUCGGUUUGCUUAUCUCUGCAAAGCAUGUUGAGUAGCUGUACUAAAAAGGAGUUGCCUUCUGGAAACGACGCCUAUGUACGAUCUUCUAGAAAGUCUCCAAAGGACACAUUGUGGGCAUUUCACGAUGACACAGUCUAAAUAGUUUCAAUCUCACCCAAAAGACAAUCACGUAAAUAUAUCGAUUUCAAUCCG